UUCGAAUGCAAUGACUAUUCGUUCGGAGGUUUGCGUCCAAUCGAGUCAUAGAAGACUCACUAUUUGUGCCGCAAAUACUCGCAAACCAUGUCUUCGGAAGAAUUGGAUGAGUUCUUCGACGCCAACGACCACUUCAUUCACACCACAGACAACGCGACAGACAAUCCACAGACGCUUAGAUCGGUUGCAGACGAGACCACCACUGCUGACCAUAAGACCGAUAGAGAGACAACUCGUGCGAGCGAUGGAAGCGAUGGAAGUGCUGGCACAGCGAAACCCAAACCCGACAAUGCGGUCGACAAUGAGAUGGAAAGCAAUCGAUUGGAAGUAAUGAUUGUCAACGAAGACGACAUACGGAUCAAUGCGGACGACAUCGAGAUGGCGGCCACCGAUAGCGUACAGUUCAUGGUUUACGUGAUGGCCAUUCUUGUGGUCAAUUUGUAUAUCAUAAGCUCAACCAUUCAUUGGAUAUACAAUUAUUUGGGAGGAAUUGACUGGUCGUUGGCCGACAAGACUCACUUCAAUACACAUAUAUUCUUCAUGUGUUUAGGCGUUUGUGGCCUCAGUUUGGGAAUGUUAACGCAUCGUAUAUUCCGUGGCCUGUCGUCGAGUGCCCUGAAGUGUAUGCACACAACGAUAACACUGUUUACUGUGGUAUUCUUCGUGAUCGGCGUCUACGCGGUGUUUGUAUCGCUGGAUGCCAUGCAAUGCGUUCACAUCUAUUCAGUUCACGCCUGUGUCGGACUCAUCGCGAUUCUGGCCUUUAUAUUGCAAUGGCUUUCGGGACUCAUUAUAUUCCUGUUUCCGCGCUUUGUGUACGAAAUCCAAAUCCUUUUGACACCGAUUCACAACUUCUUGGGACGACUUGUGUUCACAGUGUUCUGCGGAACAGCUAUUGUCGGCAUUUCUGACAAAUUGCGGAUAACUGUCACCGAUUUGGAGGGUUUGGGACCCAUUGACAAAACCAAUCGGUCACACAUUGAUUCGUCAAUCAUUAGGAGAGAGACGUAUACGCACUGGAAUAUACCCAAUGAGGCAAUACUCGCGAACGUCAUUGCCAUCGCAUUCCUCCUCAACGCCAUUCUCGUUAACUUCAUCUCUUCUAAUGACACUUACAGACGAAGACUAUUACCAGAAGAACAGGGAAUUGAAGUGAAAACUAAUUUGAAAAUUAAAUAACUUAUAAAUAUGUUUAAUGUAUAUCUUAUAAAAAUGUAAACCAAUUAAACCGAUGGUUAUAUAAUACAA